GGGGAGGGCGCACGGGAGGAAGGAGGAAGCCGCCAUCUUGGAGUGUCGAGUCGCCAUAACAAGGCACCAAGGGGGAGCGAGAGGAUUUUAUACCUGGGCGAGGGGGGAGCGCGGCUGGUGGCGAUUGAAGCGAGUGAAUUCUGAUAUAACUCAACUUUGGUAGAGGGCUUUUUUUAAAAAAAAGUUGAUCCACAGUGCAUCAGAGCAAGUUACUACUUUACUUUUGAGUGACUUACAGGUGCUUGCCUGCAUUGCAAUAACGGACUCAUAUAUUGAGCAAGACUUAUUUAUCUCUUCGUUUUGGAGAGUCUAAUAAACUGUUAUUACAGUUUCUGUACUGACUUUCAAAGUUUUGAAGUCUAAAAAGACAUCUUUAAAAAUAAAAACAUGAGCACGGCCAGAACAGAGAACCCUGUUAUAAUGGGUCUAUCCAGUCAGAAUGGGCAGUUGCGAGGCCCUGUAAAACCCAGCGGGGGCCCAGGAGGUGGAGGCACACAAACUCAGCAACAGAUGAACCAGCUGAAAAAUGCCAACACAAUCAAUAACGGCACUCAACAGCAAGCACAGAGUAUGACCACCGCUAUUAAACCUGGUGAUGACUGGAAGAAGACUUUAAAACUCCCUCCAAAGGAUUUGAGAAUCAAAACUUCGGACGUGACCUCCACAAAAGGAAACGAGUUUGAAGAUUACUGUUUGAAACGGGAGUUGCUGAUGGGAAUUUUUGAAAUGGGCUGGGAAAAACCAUCUCCUAUUCAGGAGGAGAGCAUCCCCAUUGCUUUGUCUGGUAGGGAUAUCUUGGCUAGAGCGAAAAAUGGAACAGGCAAGAGUGGAGCCUACCUCAUUCCUUUACUUGAACGGCUAGACUUAAAGAAGGACAAUAUACAAGCAAUGGUGAUCGUUCCCACCCGUGAACUAGCCCUGCAGGUCAGUCAAAUCUGUAUCCAAGUCAGCAAACACAUGGGAGGUGCCAAAGUGAUGGCAACAACAGGAGGAACCAAUUUGCGAGAUGACAUAAUGAGGCUUGAUGAUACAGUGCAUGUGGUGAUAGCUACCCCUGGGAGAAUUCUCGAUCUCAUCAAGAAAGGAGUAGCAAAAGUUGAGCAUGUCCAGAUGAUAGUAUUGGAUGAGGCAAAUAAGUUGCUGUCUCAAGAUUUUGUUCAAAUAAUGGAAGACAUUAUUCUCACGCUACCUAAAAACAGACAGAUUUUGCUCUACUCAGCCACUUUUCCUUUGAGCGUACAGAAGUUCAUGAAUUCCCAUUUGCAGAAACCCUACGAGAUUAAUCUGAUGGAGGAGCUGACCUUGAAGGGAGUUACCCAGUACUAUGCCUACGUAACCGAGCGUCAGAAAGUACACUGCCUCAAUACACUGUUUUCCAGGCUCCAGAUUAACCAGUCGAUCAUUUUCUGCAACUCCUCUCAACGGGUUGAAUUGCUAGCCAAAAAGAUCUCCCAGCUGGGCUAUUCCUGCUUCUAUAUCCAUGCUAAGAUGAGGCAGGAGCACCGCAAUCGUGUGUUCCACGAUUUCCGAAAUGGCUUAUGCCGCAAUCUUGUUUGCACUGAUCUGUUUACCCGAGGUAUUGAUAUCCAAGCUGUGAAUGUGGUGAUAAACUUUGAUUUCCCAAAGCUGGCAGAGACUUAUCUCCAUCGUAUUGGCAGAUCAGGUCGAUUUGGUCAUCUUGGCCUGGCCAUCAACUUGAUCACCUAUGAUGAUCGAUUCAACCUGAAAAGUAUUGAGGAGCAGCUGGGAACUGAAAUUAAACCCAUACCAAGCAACAUUGACAAGAGCCUGUAUGUGGCAGAAUACCACAGCGAACCUGUAGAAGAUGAGAAACAGUAAACAUGCUUUGAUUACACAUGCCAGAAGGUGAAGCCCUUUGAUCCAGAUCUGUGACACAUCGUUUCUUUGGGGAUACCCUUCUCUUUGUGGGUUUUUCUUCGUCUUUUCAUUUCGGAACUAUGAAGACUAAAGAGCUCGGCCUUUUUUUCUUUUUAAAUUUGGCAGCAAGGAAGAAAGAAGAUAAAAGGAGGAAUGUGUUUUUGUUUUUCCACUUGUUUGCACUGUGUGCUGAUUGAACAUUAGUUGCACUAACUGCUGGUUUUAAAUUUUUUUUUUUCUUCGGGUGGGAGGGGCAGCAAGGGAAGAAGAGAAACCCUGAAAAGAGAAGAAUCUGAUGAACACGAGCUUGUCUGCGAUUUCAAAUUCUUCAACCAUCGACUGAGUGCAUUUCAACUUCUCCCUGGUUACUCAUCUGUUUUUAAGCUAAAGAGCUUGUUACUUAUUCGUGCAAAGUGCCUUAUGCUAUGAGACCAUUCAGAAUAUCACCUUUCCGACACAGCCCAAGGAAUCAAUAGCCGUUUUUUGGUUUCAGGUCAAAGUUCCCCUUUCUUCCCCCUCUCCUCCUCCCCAAGUACUCAAGCCCAGGGCUGGGAGGUGAAACGUAUUGGUAAUACUACUUUUUUCUUCAACUUUUUUUUUUUUUUUAAUUGGAGGAGUUGAUAUGCAUCUGCAGUUCACCCACACUGUAAAUACCUGUAUUUAAAACAAAACCAACUUAAAAUCUGGGCUGAUUAGGUGCAGCAUCAUAGCUCCAGAAGGAAAGAGUAGCCUGUUGUCCUUUGCAGGAGCCAUAAGAAAAGCCCUUCGCUCUAGCAGAACACUAAAGACUGGUUUCCAUAAGUCUCCAUUAGUAGUUACAGCACUUGAUAUGUAGACUUGUUUCAGAGCCAUGGCCCUCUUUCCUCUGGUGCGGUGUGUCCCAUAGAAAAUCAGAUGUGUAUAUUGUACAAACUUUGUAAAUAUGAUUUUUUUUUUCUGUUUGGGUUCAUAUAUAACUUUUUCUUUUGUGAUGAAGGUUGCUGGGGUUAAAGGGAUUAGACUGAUUAUGGGAGCAGCUAAAGAUGAGAGGGGCUCAGUUUUCUGCAACACUAAACAAUGAGAAGUGCUCUGACCUCCCUGAAGAGCAGGCCUCUACAAGCGUCCCUUAUCAGGGUGGGUUUGCUCUGGUGCUAGCAAUGCUGUCCUGUACCGCUCGUGUGGAAGAGAUCACUCGUGGGGCUGGGAGGCCUCAAAAUCUGUAGCUCAACCUGUUGGGAGAUGCUUUUUGAUUUCCCCCUUAGAAACUUCAGGAACUUGACAAGCUCUGAAGGGGGCCAUGACCUGUGUUCCGCCAUGGCGCGAGGGAAAUCCAGUGGGGGUCAGAGUUGCUGAGCAGCAUCUGCAUAAGCUGUGGAUUUGGGUAGACAACCAAUUUACAUGCAUAAACUUGACAGUUCUGGAGCUCUGUGGGAUUGAUUUACUUCCUGCAGCGUUGUGCAUUUUCUGCCCAGAGCGGCCUCUCUACAGACUUGUGAGCAGGUAAGGGCAAACCCCUGUUAACGUCAGAAGCUGCAGAAAGCUGCUUGCCAUCUCCUCUGUUUUGGCAUGAACUGCUGUCUGUCAUUUUGCAUUGUAUAUUGCUGAGAAGUGCUUUCUGGUCAAGUAGUGUUGCUUUAAAUUGUGCCCCUCCCAACAUGCUUGAUGUUUGGCCUGAUCUACAGGCAAAAGGAGUGAGACAAAUCAAAAACCGUACUCUUUUUAAAUUCCCUUUUAGCCUGUUCACCAACACUGUCAGGAGGCACCUGGAUGAAUGCAGUCCUUUUUUGCUCGGUCAUUUAUUGUGUAUACAGAUGCUGCACUCACACCACGCUUGCUUACCUUUGAGGCAGGAAUUACUUGUCUUAAUUUCUCCCCGUUUUGACCCUUUUUUUUAAAAUUUGAGUACAGUUGUUUGGAACUAUGAGGUGGACUUAGCCAUCCAUUUCCUUGAGGAUCAUAAAUAGAGGCCAGGUGCCUCCUGACAACUUUACAAGAUGGAAAGGUUUUUGUGUUUGGAAUUAUUUUUUCCUUUUGUCAGCAGUGACUCCAUAAUUGUAGCAAAUGCUGCACUAGAGUACAAACUCGAGAGCUUGGUCACAGACACUCUGUGAGCCACACAGCUUACAUCUGACUGGCAGGUACUAAGUGUAAACAAUUUUGGGGUGCUUUUUGGGGGUGGGGGGUGGGAGUUUGUGGGUGGUAACUUUGACCAAAAGUAAAAUCUUGCUCUUGUACUGCAGCCAGCUUAUGAUUUUCCAGAGAGACAGAAGAGGGAUCACUUUAGUGCAACAAAGACAUGAAAAAUGUAAAUAAAAGUUUUGUAUCUUCCCAGGGCGCGCACAUGUAACAAGAACAGGAUGGCGAUGUCAGGUCAGGCGUGCGUGCCCUGCUUGGAUUUGUGGUAGGUUAGCCUGGUGCCAUGCGUUGAUGGUCCCUCUUGAAGCACAGAACUUUUGAAAGUAUUACUUUAAACUUGGCCUCUAAUCGAGGAUUGGCACUUACCUAAACUAUCAGGGGCACCAUUUUUAGGUGGCUUCUUGUCAAGAGGGAAGCAGCCUAGUUUUGGUGCUAGUAGGCUAUCUCUAACAGAUGUGAUCUUGCAAAUGGAAAGAUGCUCCAAAUGACUAGGAUAAUCCUAGUUUUUUUUUUCUUUUUUUGGGUGUUUUUUCUUUUUUUUUUUUUGUUUUGGGGUUUUUUUGUUGUUGGUUUUUUUUUUUUUUUCCCUACCCAGGAGUAAGGAGCAUGUAUAAAUCUUGGCUUCCUGAGAUUCCUUGCGAGCUCCUGUUUUUGCUGGUCACGUACCAGCCUUUACAUUUAUGUAUUAACUUGGAGCCUUCAGUGAUGAGCCCUAGGUCAGACACUUCCUCUGACAAAGAUGACAUGAAUGAGAAUCCGGUGUAUUCUGUACCUUUCCCCUCGCAAGUCUAAAAGCAUCACUCCAUGAAUCUGAUGAAAUGGAGCUUCGCAGCUGGGUGAAGAAGUGGCUGUGAAGAGGGUGGCACGAAUCCUCAGCCAGCUUACUUGAGAGAAACCGUAGGCUGGUGUCCGGGUGUGCGCCAUCAGGAGUGCGCUGCAGUUGCUGGAGGGCUUUUCCCAAAGGGAGGGGGGUGGGUUGGUCUCAAAUACACGUUUCAGUUUCCAGAAUGAGAUGGGAGCAUCUUUCCUUUGCCCUCUGUGACUUUUUUGUGGUUAAGAACAGGGAAGCUCAACACGAGCUCAUGUUUUGUACGCGUUGGUAUCAAAUCAUCUCAUUCUGAUCUUUUGUUCUUUAUUUUUUACUUGGGAUGGGGGAGGGUGUCUGCUCCAAGGAUUUAAAAAUGCUUCACGCACUUGGUUGUUGGUUUUUUUGGAUUUUUUUGUUUUUCAAAUGACUGAUAGGACGUAAACCUGAGCAGGCAGCUGUCCUGCCUCGGUUUAUGUUAUAGAGGUUACAGAGAUGCCACGCCACAUCUCCCGAGCUGCCAUUGCGGUGGUUCUUGUCCUGGUGCUGGACUUUGUCGUGCCGCUGGGGCAGAGCAGCUGUUGCUUUCUGAGGAUGGAGUGAAUUUUGUUCCCAGGAGCUCCAGCGGUACAGCCACCGUGGUCGAGGCUGGGCAGCAGCAGUCCGCACAGGGAGCUUUCGAUGGCUGUGAACUUCUGGUCCGUCUUCUGUGAAUCACAGUUUCUCUUUGUGAUAAACCGAGUCUCGGGACCAAAGAGCAUGCGUCCGAUACUCAGAGGGAGGUUUGGCAGGUUACCCGAUAGGUUUUGCUCCGUUCACAGUUGUGUUGCUAAAACGUCCCUAUGUGGAAGCAUUGUUAAAUUCUGCUGUAGACAAGUCAGGGAAGGGUAAGGAGGGGUGGGGGGAGGGAUGGGUUUAUUAAGAUACAGCCUUGCUGUAUUUUAACCAAUAAUUAUGGGGAAGGGGUGUCAGGAGAAGAAAAUAGUCACUGUUCCCUUUAUUGAAAGAAACUGGAACUUUUAUUUCAAGAAAAGAAAUUAUUUGCAGUUCAGGUGGAAUAUCAUAAUCCACUGGUCCCUAGUCAAGAGGUUGGUAUUCUUACUGUUAACCAGCGAACAAUACGGACUAGUCCUUGAAAUCAUUCAGGGGAGGGAGGGGAAAAUUGGCUUUCUGUUAAAUCGGUAAUUGGCAAACUCUCCAGUGGAGCUCAGAUUUUGUUGAGAGUGUAUUUUUCUGGCUGUAUGUGUGUCGUAGCACUGACUUGUGAAGAGCUUCAUGAGUUCCACGUGCAAAAAAGAUGAAUGGUAAAAUCCUGAUUUUGUUGAUUAAACUCAAUAAAAGCUCCCUGGAACUCCA